UUAAGAAACACCCAACAGAAAAAAAUUGAAGACCAAGGAUCACAAAAAAAGGCUCCUGGAUGGACCAGAAGAGAGUGACCUUCAAGUGAAGUCUCAGCACCAACUCACCCCACCUUCUUAUCUUCACAAGAAAACCGGAAAGAAAAAAACUACCAAAAAAUGGAUUCCAAUCUCCAAACUUGUGAAAACCCUGAAACCAAAUCAACCGAAGAACAAACCCAAAACCAACUUGAGAUUUUCCCUUCUCAAUGCCCAUUUGCAACUGCUUCUCUUUCUUUCCCUUCCAUGCCCACAACUGUACCUACCCAUUUCUUAACUCAAACCAAAAUCCUAUCUUUAUUCUCUUCUCAAUCACCCAAUAAAGUUAAAGUUCCAACCCAAGCUUCCUCUCUUUCCCAUGUCUCUCUGUCUUCAACUUCUCCUUCACCUUCCAAACUCUCCUUCAAAUCCACCGUUUCCAACAACCCUCUUCAAUCCCCUCUCUCUUUAGGCCCGCGCCGCCCUCUCGACCCUUCCAAUGGCGCCGCAAUUCGUCGAGCUUCCAUCGUUUGGUUCCGCAACGAUUUACGAGUUCAUGACAACGAGUGUCUCAACACUGCCAACAACGAGUCCAUGUCGGUUUUGCCAGUUUACUGUUUUGACCCUCGAGAUUACGGUAAAUCCUCAUCUGGGUUCGAUAAAACGGGUCCUUACAGAGCCACAUUCUUGAUAGAAUCAGUUUCGGAUCUCCGAAAGAAUCUGCAAGCACGAGGGUCGGAUCUUGUGGUCCGAGUUGGAAAGCCGGAGAGUGUUUUGGUUGAGUUAGCUAAAGCUAUUGGGGCUGAAGCAAUUUAUGCUCAUAGAGAAAUUUCUCAUGAUGAGGUUAAGGCUGAGGAAAAGAUUGAGGCCGCCAUGAAAGAAGAGGGAGUCGAAGUUAAAUACUUUUGGGGAAGUACUUUGUUCCAUGUUGAUGAUUUGCCGUUUAAGUUGGAAGAUAUGCCUUCCAAUUAUGGUGGAUUUAGGGAGAAGGUUAAGGGUUUGGAUAUAAGGAAAACAAUUGAAGCAUUGGACCAAAUGAAAGGAAUACCCUCAAGAGGUGAUGUUGAGACUGGAGAUAUUCCUUCAUUGACGGAUCUGGGGCUUAACCCCAGUGCCACGAUGGCUCAGGAUGGUAGGCCAUCAGUUAGUGCUUCUAUGGUUGGAGGGGAGACUGAAGCAUUGCAGAGGCUUAAAAAGUUUGCAGCUGAGUGUCAAGCACAGCCACACAAGGGGAGCAAGGAUGGUAGUCAGGAUAGCAUAUAUGGUGCUAACUUUUCUUGCAAAAUUUCUCCAUGGCUAGCUAUGGGAUGCCUAUCUCCCCGUUCAAUGUUUGAUGAGCUAAAGAAAACUACAAAUAAGAUCAUUUCAGCUGCCUCAAAGAAAAAUGACGGUGGUGGUGGCAUACCUGAUACUGGAAUGAACUGGUUGAUGUUUGAGUUGUUGUGGAGGGAUUUCUUCAGAUUCAUCACCAAGAAAUACAGUUCUGCAAGGGUUGGAACCGCUGCUGCCACAGCUUGUACAGGUGCCCUUGCUUAAGCAAAGAAUUUGUACUGGUGUUGAGGAGGAUAAGUGUUUUGGGGUGAUGGUUGCUCUCGAUUCUUGAUGGAUUUUCAUUGUUUAGCUGUUAGAUGUUGGAAUAGGUGGCUCAAAAUGCAGUUCUCCUUCUUGAACUCUUGUUCUUGUCGCCCAAUAAAAUGAUUUAAUAUGGUUAAUUUGUCUUAGUCUUGUAAGCGUUAAAACCAUUGUGCUAGUUCUGUCCGUUGUUUGAUUCACCAUCCUGUGAAUAACAUAUCUCAUGGUUCCCUCUUAAUCAUUUGUCCAUGCCUUUUAGUUUUGCUUUCAACUCUCAGCUCAAAAGAAAAGGCGAAAAUGCUAGUGAGUUUUGAAGGUUAAGGCCCUAGUGCGAAAUGUGGUUUCGGAAUUAGGAAAACAAGGGUACAUAGGUAGAGAAGAAUACACUAGUAACAUAGGCCCAAAAGCUAGGGCCUCCAAGCUCCGCACACAGUAUUAGGCGCCUAACCACCGAAACCAAAAUACAGCCUACACAGGUAGGGAAGGAUACAAGCAAAGAGAAGACGAGAGCGAAGAGGAUUGUUUGGGCUUGAAUUGAUUUACCUGAGAGAAAGUGAAAUGGGAAACUGAAUGAUUAUAGGAGGAAAGGGAGAGCGUGGAAAUCAGGUGAAACGCCAUGGAAUCGCAUACGAAUGUAGAUGGAGACCGGAGUUUGAGUGGGUCCAGUGGUAGACUGAGCACUGCCUCCUAUGAGGGUGUUCCAGAUGAAGGAUUCAAGGGUCAGCCGGUCAUGCGAGCAAAAUGAAAGGUUGCAUAGCAGAAGCUAACGUUGAUUGUUUGAUAGAUCAGAAUGGCGGGAAGUUUUGCCUCUUAAAACAAAAACAAAAGGAUGUAGCCUAAAACGUUUUGAUGCUGAUUUCAAAAACAAAAUUAGUAUUCAUACAAGCUUACUUCUCUAACGAUUUGGUACAAUUCCAUUUAACAAGAUUAAAAGGAAAAAAAAAAAAAAA